UUGGUCAGUAGCCUCCUGUAGCACCAAGGCGAGUCUCUCUCUCUCCCCCCCACUACGCCGUCUGCACACAACACGCACAAUCGAUCCGCCCAGAGGAGGCUAUCUUUAAACCGCCCCACACAACCCAGAACCUCAUGGCGGACCAGGAGAUGGAGCAGCAGGACUUCACGGAGGACUACAGCGGCGGGGACUUCCAGGAGAACGGCGCCGGGGUGGCGGAGAGCCAGGACCAGGGCGGCGAGGGCCACGCGGGCAACAUGCAGGAUAGCGGCGCCGCCGACGCUCCGGGAAGGGACGACGAUAGGUAUGAUGCCGGACGGUCGUCUCCGCUCACACUGGGGCUCUUUGCAAACUUAGAAUCGAAACUUUUUGUUGGUGGCCUGAGUUGGGAAACGACAGAAAAGGAACUUCGUGAACACUUCAGUAAAUAUGGCGAUAUUGAAAGUAUUAAUGUUAAAACCGAUCCUAACACUGGCCGAUCAAGAGGUUUUGCGUUCAUAGUCUUUAGCAUAGCGGAAGCGGUCGAUAAGGUUAUUGAUGCGGGUGAUCACGUUAUAAAUGGAAAGAAAGUAGAUCCUAAAAAGGCAAAGGCUCGCCACGGCAAAAUCUUUGUUGGUGGUCUCAAACCAGAGUUAACAGAUGAUGACAUAAAGAAAUUCUUCAGUUCGUAUGGCAAUAUUAUAGACAUGGAAUUACCUUUUGACAAGCAAAAGAAUCAGCGGAAGGGAUUCUGCUUUAUAACCUUUGACCAGGAAGCAGUUGUGACAGAUCUACUCAAGACCCCCAAACAGAACAUUAACGGUCACGAAGUUGAUGUGAAGAAGGCAACCCCCAAGCCAGACUCAAUGAUGCGGGGUGGCAUGCGUGGCGGUAUGAGAGGAGGAAGAGGUGCUGUUCGGGGUCGUGGCAGAGGUUGGGGCCAUGGAUGGAACCAAGGAGGGUAUGGAGGCUACAAUCAAGGUGGCUAUGGAGGCUACGGUGGAUAUGGAGGCUAUGAUUAUGGUGGUUAUGGUGGCUACAGUGGAUAUGGGGAUUACGGCUAUGGAGGAUAUGGAGGUUAUAAUGAUUACGGAUAUGGCUCUAGUAAUUAUGGCUAUUACCAGGCGGGCAAGGGUACGGCGGGGGUAAGAGCCAGCACGGGCGGCAGCAGGCGAGGCACCAGCCGUACUGAUUGGCGUGAUCAAGGAUACGACUACAAUGCUGCCGCUACCUGGAACAGCGGAGACACGUACUAACGCCAAUCCUCCCCAGUCCUCAUCCCGUCUGUCUUCUACUGCGUCUGGCUCUUAUGACGACGGUAUGCAAAGCCAGAUUUGAAGAUUUUAGACAAUGGUGUAAGAAGCCAAUUUCGCAGUGUUGGGAAAAGUUUUGAAGGCUUCAAUCCGUGGGAAUUAACAAAGCCUUGGAACUUGAAUGAUCGCAAGGCCCUUUCCGGCGGAUUCUAGGAGCCUUCAGUGUUAACAGUGCAGAGGUUUUUUGUGGAAGUGGUGUUAGUUAACAAUGAAAGUGUGCCUGCUGUGGGACGAUCACAAUUAGUGUCGAAUUUAUUAGUGACUGCCAAGCAGUGUUCUCAUGUAAAUGGGAUGUCUGGUUUUAUUGAAUAGUGAGCAGUUAAAAUUCUUGUUUGUCAUUUAAAUGAUUUAAUGAAGGAAUUUUGUAACAUGUCGACCAAAAUUUUCAAAGUGCUUAAAUUUGUAUUAUUUUUUGUACUUGAAACUAAAAUACAUAGUAGGUAUUUU